UCCCCCGGUCCGUGCUUAAGAGAUGGUGGGAUCGUGGGCUUGUCGGUUUCUCCCGUUGUAUCGUCGUUGAGAGCAACGGGGAUUGCUGACUCUCUGUGCGUGACAGAUUCCAUAGAAAUCGAAGUCUAUUCGUACAAAAGCAAUCGCGAUAACGAGCAAGUAGUCGCGCGCGAUCGCGCGUUCCGCUACGGAAAUGUGUUGGAUGUGAGUGACAAUUUGAAAAACAUAAAAUGUUAAAUAACAAUAAAGAAUGCCGGAGCUAAUGAGAGAAUUAAAAUCAAUAUUUUAAAAUUGAAUGCGAUUCGUGAUGCAGUUAAUUCUGCAAAACUAAAAAAUUAAUAAGUGAAAACGUGCUAUUCGCGAUUAAAAGUAUUACGCGAGCUCAUGGUGAACAACUCGGAGAGACGCAAAAGGAUUAUUAAUAUGGAUGACUAGACAGAUACUAAUUGAUAAAAUAUCAGCGGAAUUCACUGUAAAAACAUAUAUAUGACGAGUACGUGAUUAAUUAAUCUAUGAGAAUUUCUCGCCAUCGAUUGGACGAAAUUUAACGACGGAGCCAUUAUAUAGCCGAGAGAUUAUUUCAAACAUCUCGUACGGAUAUGACUGCUGAGUCGCAACCACAACAGAGGCCGUAUCGAGACAGCCUGGUAGCGUGGACGAUGAUGGAUGAACACGUAGAAUAGAAAAUCUUGGCUGCGAGCAGUAGCGUGAUAUUACGCAGAAGAAGCAGGAAAAGGUGCAGGAGAAGGAGGAGUGGGAGGAGGAGGCAAAAGCAAAAAUGACGGACGGAAUUUUGUGUCGGCGGAAAAAAGCUUUUUGAUCUGGGCAAAACUACUGAAAAGUCUAAACGAAUAAAAGUCUACGCAAAGAUUGAAAGGUAGCAGAAGAAAGACCGGCAGGAAGUCGAGAUAUUCAACGGCUGUGACGUAUUGUUGUGCGCUCGCUCUCGGGACGAAAAAUAGAAGAGAAGGGAAACGAAACGAAGAGGAACGAACGUAAUGAACAAAAGCGGAACAGAUUAGCGAGACAUGCCGGGGAAGAUGAUAUUGAGGCGGAGAACUGAUUGAAACGAGAGAAAAUGACGACUAUCGAGGCUAGUGAAAUGAGUGCGGUACGUCGAGCAAUAUGGUUCAGUGUUGUAUUAUUCGCGGCGACACCCUUGGCCUACACACAAGUAACAUGGACGCCUAUCUAUGUGGGAGGAUACAGUCAAGUUGAUCUCUGGACACAGAGCACCACCGGCUGCGCCUGUAGUUUCAAUUCGUCCAGCAACGAUUGCGCUUGUUGUGUACCGUCGGGCGGAUGCAGCUGCGGUGCAGCUUCGCCAGAUAGAUGCGCUCAGUGCGGCCUGGAGCAGCAUUGCGCGAAUAUGUGCAAUAUAACGUUGGACAGCAGGCAGCUGUUCAGCAAAUCGGAUCGUGGCUUCGGGCAAAUAAAGUCGCCGUAUCUUCAAGGGCCCUCGAGGUGUACAUACAGAUUCGUGCCGGAUACUGGGCAGCGAGUUGAGCUGCAGAUAUAUCGACUGGUGUCCAUCGGCCGACAUAACGGCACUGCGUGCGAGGGUGGCUGGCUACAGCUCGAAGGUAGCGCUCGCGUCUGCGGUCGUAAUCAACGCUUCGACCGGCCGGUCGUGCUCUUCUCGGACAAGCCGAUCGCGACUCUACAUAUGCAAAUAAACGAGAACACGACUCGGUCCCAGUUCCUGGCCUACUUCAGCUUCUCGUCCAAAGCGAGCACGUCUGUCGGAUGGCCGGUGAGGGGCGGACAUCCCGUUAAUAAUACCGAAUGCGAUUCGGUGUAUGAAUAUACGGAUUGUCAUGACGGAUGCGUUCUAGCUAGUCCCGGAUAUCCCGGAUUGUAUCCGCCAAACAUCCGUUGCCGAUACCUGAUCACUUCUGGCCCGAGAAUCUCCAUCGCCAUCAACUUUACAGCGGUGCUUCUUCCUUACAACCACUGUACCAGCGAUUAUAUCGCUAUUUAUGCGGGCCCGACUACCUCGAGCCCGUUGUUGAAGAUGCUCUGCGGCAAGGACAAGAUAUCGCGGAUAUAUGACGGUGAAAAACUUCUCGUCGAGUUCAGAACUGGUCCCGAGGUAUCACCUUUCGAUUAUAACGGUUUCGUUGCGACACUGAAUUUUAUAGAAAUGACGACAGAAGCUCCAACGACGAUUGCCAUCGACAGUAUGAAUAAAAGUCUUGAAAUGAAGUCCGGUAGCUACAACCGUGACCUCGAUCACCGUAAGGACCAAGAUGUCGCGAUCAGCAGCUGCGAUCUCGAAGUAAGCGGCGAGAAGGUACGGGCAGGUCAUCACGAUACAAGGGGCAAGCCAAAGUCCACGACAUGCAGACUCGUGCUGCGUGGGCGCGCUUACGAUACCGGACACGUCUCCUUAGCCAGUUACAAUCUCAGUGCGCAGUCCUGUCAAUCGGCAAUCGAGAUAUUCGACGGUUCACCAGAGAGCGAGAUGCUGGAUACGGCCAACUCUUUGGAAAGGAUCUGCAGUCCUGCGCAAUGGCUCCCGCGGGAACUCGCGGGCCAAGAUAAGUACGUCGAACCAAAGCGUUACUCGUCCAAUGGCCGGGACAUGACGGUGGUUUUAAAGCGCGCCUCGAACAGCCCUACUGACGAGGAGUAUAUGGAGGUCUCGUACUACUUCCACGACGAACGUGAGGGUGGCACUCAGCAGCCUGCCAGCGUGUGCGACGUCGAAUAUUACGGAUUGACGUCACCGGUGGAAGGCUCGGUGGUGCAUCCGGAGCCGCACCGAUUAUUCGCCAUGGAAGGUCCGAUAAAGUGCAGGCAGCACUUUAUACCGGCGCCCAAUCAGUCAGUGGUCAUUACCGUAGAAGGUAGCACGAAACAAACUCCAAACAACCCUUGCGAGACCAAGUGCGGUGACAGUGGCUGCCAUUGCGUCAGCAAGUCCGUAGAGAAUAUGGACCACCUUUUGCUUGUCUCCGAGACCGGACACAUUGUCACAUGUCUCUGCGGAAAUUAUCAGGACUGGCUUCCGGUGGGUAUCCGUAGCUGGACCCCGGUCUACAUCGAGUGGUCGAGGUCAUCAAAGGCGGGCCUCAAUUUCCACGCGGCGUACAAGUUUAUCAAUGACACUUACUGUGGCGAUCACACGACGGCGGAACCGGAAGGUGAGGUCAAUGGCGGUGACCUGGCGAGCGCUGGGCUCAAGCUAAAUCAGUAUUACCAGCAGAAGUGCACGUGGAUCCUGGACUCGACGAUCGACCGACAACUCAUCAUCGAAGUCAAGUCCACACAGAGCCGACCCUGCACUGCGUGGAAUCUGACAAUACACGAGUACAGGAAGGAGGGCGACCCUGCCGGACCCAGAUUGCACACGUUCUGUUCGAGGGAUUCGCACAAGAAUUUCACCCUACCAUGGAAGAUGAAUACCGCGGUGGUUAGAUUGCAAGCCCUUGGUAGAACCGCGCCGCAAUACACGAUGAGGUGGCGAAGUCAAACGGUGAUCGCUAAUACUCGCAAAAGCGGACCAUCGCCAGCACCGAACUGGCACAUGGUGAACUCCUCGAAAAAAGCCGAACCGCGAGAAAAGACUUUUCUCAUUUUCAUCGUGUUCGCGAUUCUUCUCGCACACUCGUUGAACUGUUGAGACUCUAAAUUCGAGGUAAAAAACCGCGUCUACACAUACCUGUUCCUGUUAAUCGAACGAGUUUAAUUUAUAGCGUCACAUGUACAUAAACAUUGUGAGGACUCCUCGCGCCGGGAUUCUCGUUUUACGUCGCUCGAUUUGUAAGAUGGUUUUAAAGUGGACAGCACAUCGUGCACUGAUCAAGAGCCGAGAUAUUCGCCGGCUGGCUCGUUAAUUCCCGGCUGCAUAAUUUUUCACGAAAGAAAUAUUUUAGAUGCAAGAAGAAAUAUCGCACGCGUCGAAUAAUUCCGAGAAGAGAAAUUUUUAACUAAUCAAUGCUAUAUUUUUCACUCUACGAUUCAAUUUUUUACGGUACGAUGGAGAGUUUACGAGCCAGUUUGUCGUUCUUCUCGAUCGAA